UUACUGGUAGCUGUGGAGCGGAGGCAGAUAGAUCGAGCGAGAGCGAGAGCGAGGCGAGAUCCAUUACUAGACUAGUCGUCGUCGUCUCCUCAACGCAUCGGAUCGCAUCCAUGGCUCGCUCCUCCUCGCAGUCCCAGUCCUCCGUCGGCGCCGCCGCCGCCUCCGCCCGCCCGUCCACCGUCGGCCCCCGCGGCACGCCCGCUGCGGCCGCCGGCAUGCGCCGCCGCCGCGCCUCCACCACCGGCGGCUCCGGGGGCUUCUCCGGCGCCGGCGGUAGCAACAUGCUGCGCUUCUACACCGACGAGGCGCCGGGCCUGCGCCUCUCCCCCACCAUGGUGCUCGUCAUGUCGCUCUGCUUCAUAGGCUUCGUCACCGCCCUCCACGUCUUCGGCAAGCUCUACCGCUCCCGCACCGCCGCCUCCGCUUCCGCCUCCGCCUAAUCCAUCCUUUCCCCUCAGAUCAGAUCGGAUCAGGAUCACAUGAUAUUGUUGUUUUUUUGUACGAACGAAGACAACCUAGCUAGUAAUAGGUUCUAUGGAUUGAUGGAUGGAUCCUUGCUGAGUUCUUUGCUACAUCUCCCAGCGAAUUAUACUCUAGUGCAGGUUUAUGGUGCCCUUACUGUUUUCUCCUACCUUGUUUCAAACAAUUGUGGCUAAUUAAUUACUUGGGCUUGUUUCAAACAAUUGCUGCAUC